AACAUGUUAUUGAUUUGGUAGUUAAGUGAUAUAAUAAUCUUAAUUACAUAAAGCGAAUAAUGAAGUGUGGGGUCAAAAUCCAAGAAAAUCAAUAAAAAGGACGUCCAAUCAUAUCUGAAACAACAGUUGCAUUAAAGCAAUUUCUGAGAAAAGACCACGUCCACAUUUAAGAUGAAGGCUUACUUUGUUUUCCUGAUUGUGGCAGUUACAUUUCUUCAUGUAGAAGGUUGGGUAGCAAUAACGCCGUCUGAUAAAGGAACAGAACAUCUAGGUGAUUGCUACUCAUCUGAUAAAGGUAUAGGUUCCAUGAAAUUUGGUGAAAAGAAGCAACAAGAAGGACACUGUGUUCAAUUAACCUGUUCAAGCGGUACUAGAUAUAUUCACGAAGCAGGCUGCGGAUCUGUAGGAGCAGAACCUCCAUGCGUAGUAACAUCUGAAGAUCUGUCCAAGCCUUAUCCAGACUGUUGCCCUGGCAUAUCUUGUCCUGAUGCCUAACAAGCCUUCGUACAAGAAACAUGAACGGAUGUAAAUAAAUUAUAAAUUUAAAUGUUUACUAGAUUAUAAUAAAUUUUUUCUAUUCUUA